CACUUGGUGAGUUGCUGCAGAGCGACCGCAUUGGAAACGGCUUGCAGGCGUGUACCGGAGUGCUGGCAGGACGUGGUAUUGAGGCGCCUUGCAUAUUUCUUGGCGGCUCCGUUCAACCUUCGACGCUCAGCAAAACCACCCCGAGAUAAACCAUUCACGCGCUGCCCUUCCGCUCCGAGCUACCGACGCGCCCACGGCUCUGAAAAACCCCAGCCUGAGUGGACUCGUCUCACCUGGCACACGCGCUGUGCUGAGGUUUCCUGCGGGCUGCUCACCACCCGCGACAUCGGUCUUCCUUCGCGCGUCGCACGCUUCCACGCAUCGCUCCGUCGCGAACAGGCGUCCCCAUCACCAUGUCCACCACUACCAACGGCGCCUUGACCCCGCCGUCUCUGCCGCCCGCACCCGCGUCGCCGUCGCUCGCGAAACGGAAACGUACCGAGACCGACGCCGCCAUCGCCAAUGGCGCGUCUUCUACUGCGCCUGCAAAGCUCGCCAACGGCGCAGCACCUUCGUUGCAGGCCGCGCUCGAGGACAUACUGUCCAUUCUAAAGAGUUACGACACGCAACCUUCCAUACUCGCGCAUCCCCUCGCGACAUCAGCUGCUCGAGCCGCGUCCGGAGAGGCCGAUACAAAACGCGCAAAGUUAUCGCCCCAAAGCGGCACAUCCUCCAUCAUCUCUCUGGUGCAAGCCGGCGCGUAUUCUUCACUUCAGGCGUUUGCGAAGGAUGUUGAAGAUGCAACUGCGGACAUACUUGCCAGUGCCGGCGUUGGCGAGCUGGCUACCGCUCCUCCUACGGUUGAGGAGACCCGGUUGCAAUCAGGAGUGUUGGCUCUCUGCAAACUAUCGAGGAGCUUGGUAGCAAGGGAAGAACUCAGAAGAGCCCAUGUCGAGACUAAGAAAGAGCCUCAGGAUGGCACGGCAGAUGAGACCGAGGGUCAAAAUGAGAAGGCUUCACCUGUGAAGGAAGAACCUCCGGAAAGCCGGACUGUCCUCACACUUUUCGGAAGCGCCCAGGGACCAAAGCAACUCUUCUCGAGCCUGCAGCAACCCCGUUCUGUUACGCCUCGAGACGGAGCAUCUACACUAGACCUGUCGGUAAAGAUCACUCUACCACUGCGUGAAUCUACUCUACCGAAUAUCAUCUCCACAACCGAAGUUUUCCCCCUUCCGGAUGAUGUUGACGAGAAGCGGAAAGCGAAUGCGACGAUCGGCAAGGUGUUCAAGGCACCCGCUCAUCUACCGCAACUCAGCCCACCUAAGCUUGCAAAGCCUUUGACCACCAAGGGCAACGUGGUCACUUUCGCACCACCCGAAGUGCCCAAACCCAGUCGUAAGGGUUCGCACUCAUAUGCUACCCAAAACCUUGCCACCAGCAAUUGGCUAGGAUAUGGCGGGGCCGAUAUGCCAAAGGACCCCACGUCUCCCAACGAGAAGAAAAAGAGUAGGCAAAGAGCACUGAGCAUGGGUGAAGCCCAACAGCCACCAUCCGAGUCAACUCUCGUGGCCGUGAAGCAGGCAAAAGAAGAUGCACUCUUCCGCAGCGCAUACUCUAGCUUUGCACCAAGCCGUGACGAUACCACGGCUGUCGUUCCAGAAGAAACUAAAAAUAUGGUCUGGUGGCAAAAGGUGGGCGAAAAGCGCUUUAAUGAGGUGUUCCCCAUUGACCCCGAGUUAUUGGGCCUGAGCGAAUCACCUGGAACGGCGAUUGAUGACAUUGACGAGAAUGAAGAAGAAGCAUUCAAGAAAGCUGUGGACACAUUCGAGCCUGUAGAAGAUGGACUCUUCGCGGAUACAGAAGCGAAUACGGUACUGGACAAGGACACCGAAGAAGUGCUCCAUGAGAUAUCCGAGCUCCUCGAGACGUUAGCUUCCCACCAAAGGAUACGCAACUCAUCACUGGCCACUAAUCCGCGUACACCGGUGAUACAAAAUUCAUCACUAGCAUCCCUGGCAGGAAGCCCGUCGACACCGUCGUCCGAUGAGAUUGAUGUCUACCAAAUGCUGAAGUCGCAGCUCACGCUGAUGGUUUCGCAGCUGCCACCAUACGCUGUGGCCAAACUCAACGGCGAUCAACUUGAUGAGCUCAACAUUAGUCGGACUCUGAUGGUUGAGAACAGAGCCGCUCGCGGAGUCCUCGAAGAUGAUCAAUCAUCCAGGCUUGCAAAGGCGCCGGUGCCAGCGCCAGCGGCAACUCCAACACUGAAUCGUAUGGUUUCAAGUGGCUCUGGUACUCAUUCGCAUUACCCUCCAGGGAGCAGCCAAUACGGCCGCUCCACAUCUUCGAUGCAUACCGGUGCUCGGCCUGUACAAUCGGGCCCUAAUUACUUUCCCCAGCAACCGGCUGUCGCGCGAUCUCCGUCCAUGCAAUACCAACGUUCCACUUCCGGAUCGCAGGUAUAUCAGGCGCCUGCGUCGUCCUAUGCCACCCCUAGACCAAGCUUUUCUGGUACCCAAGCUUACGGUCAGCAGACAUCGAGGACAUCAUAUACGCAGAACCCCACGGGUCAGUACUAUUCUCAGCGUUCAUCUCAGCCUAGCAACUACGCGGGCGGUCAGUCUCAAUACUUCGGAUCCACUCCGCAGACCCAGCCGCAAAGCCGGUACUCGCAACCAACGCAGAACGGCUACUUCCAACGGUCUCAAAAUGUGGCGCCAAUGUACGGAGCAACACCGAAUAACCAGACCCGCACGGCUUCCCCGCUCAAGGCUGCCCCAUCGACUGGCCAAACGGCUUAUGGAGCACGGCCAGGUUAUGGGCCUGGCGGUCAGAUACGUAGUACCUACUAUCCUCCUUCACAGUAUGGGACCGCACAACCUCACACCCCCUCCGCACCAUCGACUACUGGUUUUAGCGCGAACCCCCAGCAGAUGAUGCUGGAUAGGCAGCAAGCACAGCAGACGCAAGCACGGCUUGCAGCGCAAAAUAGCUUCAACAGGCAAGGCUCUGGUACUCCUCAGCCUCCACAAAAUGGACAGCACGGUGGGCCACCAAAUGGCACGCCAAUGGCGACUUAGGGUUGUCGUUUGUACGGGAGUAGGCGAAGUGGCGUUUGGGGGGCAUAAUUUGGAUAUUGAUAGAGCAUAUCCAUGGCGUUUUAUAUCGUCUUAUCUCGGGAUUGGAGGAACAGGGUCUGAGCCGAAGAGCACGACUUAUUUGUGUGGAGCCUUUUCGGAACAUGUGUUCGUUCAAAAGUAGGGUGACGUUUCGGGAUGAGAGUAUUGUACCAAAACGGACAUAUGGUAGCUGAAGUGGCAUCUUGAAGCUAGUUAGCUCAAGAAGAUGCCUGUAAUCCAAGAUUGUACUGUAAUUCCAAGAGUAGGUCCUCCUUGAGGCCCUUCGCCGGUGUCAAACACG